UCAGCGACACCAGAAUGGGAAAGGAACACCUUUUCGGCAGAAGGCUGUUUCUCGGAGCCCUGUGCAUCUUACUGUUACUCUUGGAAACAGGCUUGGCAAGGAAUCUCUGGAAACGUGCACUGCAUCUGAAACUGAAAGAGAAGUACGACGACUAUGAGUACCCGCUCCACCCCCACAGUGCCCACUCUCAGAAGAAUGACCGCUGCCCCCCUCCCCCUGAAACGUUGCCCGACCAAGCCUGCGAGGUGCCCGGUUGCCAGUCGGAUUCGGAGUGUGAGAGGCACAGACGAUGUUGCUACAACGGGUGCAUCUAUGCCUGCCUGGAGUCAGUGCAGCCUCCACCCGUCUUAGACUGGUUGGUGCAGCCCAAACCCCGUUGGCUUGGAGGAAAUGGUUGGCUACUUGAUGGACCAGAAGAGGUUUUACAAGCGGAGGCCUGCAGCACCACAGAGGAUGGAGAUGAGCCCCUCCACUGCCCCACGGGUUAUGAAUGUCACAUCAUAAAUCCAGGCAACGCAGCUGAAGGAAUCCCCAACAGAGGUCAAUGCAUCAAGCAACGGGGAAACUCUGCCAGCUGGGCUCAGCUGCGAUGAAGCUUUCAAAGAAAGCCAUGCCUCCUUCGUUGUCAGUUUUUGAAAAGCGUCAACCUCCCCUGAAAUGCCUUCAGCAGCUUUCUAAUCCUGGACGGGUAAAGUCUGGGUAAGAACUGCACUAGACCCAGCUGUCAAACCUUCCUACUGUUUCUGCCGAAGAGUGUCUUGAUUCCGGAGAGAAAUCUCUGCUUUUUCCUUGGAUCCCUACAGAUAAAACGCAUCUCGAACACCAAAGCGCGAUCUCUACCUCUGGUGCCAUCGUGUGUCCAGUGUAACUACAGCUUCGUAGUAGGUACCUGAAUGUUUACAAGCAAGUCUUCCCAUGGUGCGUUCUCUAAAAACGGUGUCAAAAAUCAAGCCUGGUACCUUGUCUAGGAAACCAUCAGUGGCAUUUAUCAAUGGCAUCGAGUUCAGAGCACUAUAUUAAGCCUUUGGCAAAAUAAAAUAUAACAGAGUUGGUAGACAUGUUCCCUGCCCCCAGUGAGCUUACAGUCUAGAAUAUACAUUAAACAUUGACUUCAUACUUAGUGCACAAUCCGUAACGUCUAUUGGUUUUACAUUCUUAAGGAAAAGGUGUCCAAACCGAGAAGCUGCAGGGCCUAGUGGAUAAAGCAUGGACCACGGGUGUUCGAAGGACCUGGGUUCUAAUCCUAAC